AUGGGGUUAGGAGAUAUUUUAAACGGUAUACCUGUAAUAGGCCAUGCCAAAGCUGGUCUCCAUGCUCUUUCCGGAGAUAGGUAUGAAGCUGCUGAGGCCUUUAAGGCAGCAAAUAGAACUACGGUGGUUAUGGCGGGAGGUGCUGCCGGUGCUAUGGUUGGUGGACCAGCAGGAAUGAUUGGUGGUGCCAUCGCUGCAGGCUCAGCUGUUGAUGGUAUUUCGUCUGUGGCCAAUCAUCGUGCAGAAGGCGUUUUCGAUGGAAUUAAAGAUGUAGCACAUGACAUCACAAAGGGAAAACUACCUAUAAAGUCGGUGAUAAAAACUGGGUUAUAUGUUGGCUCAGAUGCCCUCAGUGGUGCUACAGGAGGAAGUAUCGCUGCUAACAUACCUAAAGAGAUAGGCAAGUCACUCGUUAAAGAUGCAGUUACGGUUGUCGCAAAAAGUACAACAAAAGCAAUGGUUGCGACCGCUGCAGCAGGAAGGACAACGCGCGAAGUAGCCAAAGCGAUAGAACAUAACGAAUGCUCGGGUGGAUCGUCCUCUAGUGGAUCAUCUUCUAGAAACUCUGGCAACAGUAAUAAAAAUACGUCAAGUACUGGAUCAAAAUCUUCGAAAUCCAAUUCCAAUUCUGGUACCAAUACCAACAAGUCAACUAACACAUCGACUAACAGUGGCAGCGGUGGACAACCACCUCAAAAUAACAAAAAUAACCCUAACUCUGGCCACCAAACUAAUCAAACGAAUACCGAGUCUCAUUUUGAUGUAUUUUUUAGAUUAUUUGGUAAGAUGAUAACGAGUUUGAAUGAUAUACAAAUCGCUGGGGUACAUCUGUUCAGGGAGAUCACUAGUGGACAACCCACAGACAGAGCUAGAAAAAACAGUUUAAAGAAACUCAUUCAAGCAUUGAGGAAUGAUGGUAUUAUCGAAAGAGUUAUUGAAACUGUUGAAAAUAUAUUUAAGCAGUUGGAUCGGUCGGAGGUGACUUUCGCUAAUUUUAUGUAUUUGACCGAAAUGGUGGCUUCAUAUGUUACAGACCGCUUAGCUCGGCGUCAUGAAAUGCAGAGCAGCCGUAACCCUCAAACACCAUUUCACCAGCGACGUGCAGAGAAUUUAAAAAUCGUAUUGAAAGAAAUCUUAGAACCGGGCAGUGCUAACAACAUACUUAACAUUUUUAGGAGUCUUCGAACUCACAUUUUAGAGGCUUGGACAAACUUGCAACCUACUUUUGCGAGCAUUAUCACAGCUGUCACUCAUUACUUCAAGCACAAGUUCGUACCGGCCAGUAGUCGGGUUCUGAGCAUCCACGAAUACUUCCAACUUAUUAGAAGCAUAAUGCCCAGAGUGUUAAAUUCUCCUCAAUACGGAGAGUUACAAGCUGGGAUCAGAAGUCGACUUGUUUACGACGUGUACCGUUCAGAAUUCGGUAGAAGAGUCAGGAUAGUACUUCAAGUUCAGAAUAAUACAAUUAUUUUAUCAUCAUGUCAUAUUUUAGACGUGAUUGUCUGUUUUGAUGAUAAAGAUGGAAAUGAAGAAUUUGAUCCUACUUACUAA